AUAUUUAUGGAUAUAAUUAUUCACUUAAUAAUAUAAAAAUAAAAUAAAGAAUAAGAACAAAGAUAUGAGAAUAGAAUAAAGCGUUUUUGACGCUAUAUUAAGUCCAGGAUAAGAUGCAAGAUACAAAAGCUUUAUAUUAAUGUGCCCUGCUUGGUUUAAACACUAGACUGCAGUUUGUUUUACUUGUUCAGUUGGUCAAAAGCUGGAUUUCCUUGUAUUUAGCCCCCGAAUGCUAUAGCUGUGAAUGGAAACAUGAUGCAUUAUGUUAAUCAAUUUAAACGCAUUAAUGGCAGAUGUAAAAAUCGUUCCCCCCGCUCACACCCUGUGACGUCACACAGCAGCAUGACUAUAAAAAUGAGAGGCACAAGCCAAACCCCACCCCUCCCUCACACCCUCUCUCUCCUUCACCCUGUCUUCUGUCUGAGGAGUUCAGUGAGAGUGAGAGGACGGAUGCGGGUUUAUUACGUCUGCAAUUACCUGACAAAACACUGCUCACUGCUGCUUUCAUCUGCCGUCGGGACUAUUUGGGGAUUUUUCAUGCCAGAAAAUUUGUUCCUGAUGCCCCAACGUACAUAGAGCUUCAAGACAACUGAAAGUGAAGUACCGCAGUAUCAUGACCAGGAAGGUGUUCACCAACACACGUGAGCGCUGGCGCCAACAUAAUGUCAACACAGCCUUCGCAGAGCUGCGGAAACUCAUUCCCACGCACCCGCCUGAGAAAAAGCUCAGCAAGAACGAGAUCCUGCGGCUGGCCAUGCGCUACAUCAACUUCCUGGUGACUCUGCUGGAGAGCCAGGGCGGAGAGCCGUCGACUCACUCGCAAGCCGCACUCCUCACGCUGCUCACGGGGAACAUGCAGAACCUGCGCACCGACCGCACCUGGACCAGCGACACCGACCCACCCUCUCCCGGGUCCAGCUGCGACAGUUCAGAAGCAUGGUAGAAUUAAUCUGAACUGAGGCAUGAGCAUUCUGUGAGAGGAUUCUGUGAUUGUGACAUUUUUGAAAAUUCCAUCGCCAUGGAGAGAUAAAGCUGGAGUGGAUUUCCGGAACUCGGAAUGUUCAUGUUCACUGUGACAUCAAAAUCACUCAUCUUUUCCAUGCUGAUUGGAAAUGAAUGAUCUGUGGAAACCCAGAGACACUUUAUUCACCAGUACUUCAAAUCAAGCGGAAACCAUGAAACAACAUAAGCAUUGUGAAGAAUGCACUUUGGAAGCAUCUCCCCCAAUACUUUUUAAUAUUAAUAUAAUUUAAUCUCCUAAAAACUCAAGAAUGUUUUGUUUGAGACUGAAGCCAGUAACAAGCUCAGAUUUCAAAUUUUUAUUUAUUUGAUUGUAUUUAAUGUUUUUAUUUAAUAUUUAUGCUAUUAAUGGAUUCAGCACAUGCAGCUAGUUGUACAUUAAAUUGUAAUUUAUUAAAUGGAAAAUGUUAUUGUUUAAAUUACUCUGCAUUCACAAAUACAAAAUAUGUUUUGCCAAAGAUUAUUUUUGUGCAUUCAUUAUUAAAAAUUGUAGAAUGUUUUUUCUCAUGAAUCAAAUAAUUGUGUUACUUGAAAAUGAUUAUUGUAUUAAUUUAUUCGUCGAUUUGAUAUUAAAAUAAGUAAAAAGUCUUAUA